GGAAGUGCGACUGUUUACAUGACAUACCUGAGGCGGGAGGGGUCCCUCCUCUGGGGGAGAGAUAAGAUUAAAUAUCUCUCUGAGAUAGAAACUCACUCAGGAUACACACAGCAUGGAAUCAGCACCCAGGAAAGGUUUCUAUAUUCAGGAGAUCAAUAGAACCAAAUGGGAGGUCCCCGUGCGCUACAAAGAACUGAGAGCCAUCGGUUCCGGAGCUUAUGGGACCGUCUGCUCAACCAAGGACUCCGUGACGGGGGAACGUGUCGCCAUUAAGAAGUUGCUGCGUCCGUUCCAAUCUCUGAUUCAUGCCAAGAGAGCAUACCGGGAGCUCCGCCUUCUGAAACAUAUGAACCAUGAGAAUGUGAUCUCCCUUCUUAAUGUCUUCUGCCCUGAUGACUCCCUGGAAUGUUUUCAGACAUUUUACCUUGUCAUGCCAUUCAUUCCCCUGGACUUGACACGGGUCAUGAAGAUACAAAAGCUAAAUCACAGCAUGAUCGUAUAUCUCCUCUACCAGAUCCUACGAGGACUACAGUAUAUUCAUUCUACGGGUGUCGUGCACAGGGACUUGAAACCGAGCAAUCUCGGGGUGAACGAAAACUAUGAAAUCAAGAUUUUAGAUUUCGGGCUGGCUCGCCAAAUGGAGAGUGAAAUGACUGGAUACGUGGUGACACGCUGGUACAGAGCACCAGAAAUUAUUUUAAAUUGGAUGCACUACACCCAAACAGUGGACAUUUGGUCUGUUGGAUGCAUCUUGGCUGAAAUGAUCACAGGCCGUGUUCUGUUUCCUGGUGGAGACUAUUUUGACGAACUGAACAAAAUCAUUGAGGUGAUAGGAAGUCCUCAACCAUCAUUAAUCAUCAAGAUGGAAAGCAAACAUGCUCAAGACUACUUUAAAAUGCUUCCACAGAGGCAAAAGAAGAAUUUUAAGGAGGUUUUCCCAACAAUGAACGCACUAGAGAUCGAUUUGCUGGAGAAAAUGCUGGAACUGGACCCGGAAAAGAGAUUAUCUGCUGCAGAGUGCCUGGCACAUCCGUACCUAGCAGAGUACCAGGAAUCGGACCCGGACCCUCCCGCAGAGAAAUACGACGACUCCUUUGAGAACCUGGACCUCGGAAUCGCGGAGUGGAAAAGUCUAAGUCACAUGGAAAUCAUGACAUUCGAUCCGAAAAACCCGAGCCAGCGCGCUGUUUGACCACACUGGCGCGGUUCCCUCUCGUCUCCUUGGCAACCGCCUCGUGGAACUUUGAAGAAGCUCCAGAGCGUUUCAGCAUCAAAGCAAAGACCAGCCCGGUCAUAAAAGAUGGAUUCGAGUUGAACAUUGAAG